AUGCCCAAUCCGUCGAUGCCGAUGCACAUCCCUCCGCCGCCAGUGGCCAUCGAUUUUUUAAGCGCGUCGUCAUUCAGCAGUAGUAGCAACAGUAGCCGUCGCCCGUCGCUUCAAGAAGACAACGCGUCGUCGAUUGCCGAUCAGCUACGCCUGCGAAACCCGCAGCUUUUUGAGCGCAUGCAACGGCGCAAGGAGACAGUCCAAUACCAAGCGCCACCCGUGCCAGCAUCUGCGCGGUCCUUGGCAGAGCGGCGUGCCAAAGCCGAAGCUGACCGCGUUGCGCAAUCGACGGCAACAUCGAGCCAUCCGAUGUUGGAGCGGCUCAGCCAUGGCGAGCGUGCGCGUGUGCCAUUGAACGAGAUGAAAUCGCGAAGUCGGCGGCUCUACGAGAAGUUGCCAGAGGUCGUGGAACGCAAGCGGCAGCAAGACAUUUUGACCCAGCGGCUCAAAAGGCUGCAAAAGCUUCGUCAGGACGAGAAGGCACGAAGGGGGGUCGCUCGGAGUAACAGUCGAUGCUAA